AUGUCUGCAAUGCCAGGUCCCUCACAGCCGAUGGCCGUGUCAAACAACUCGAAAGUGGAAAUUCUCCCAAGUGCCUCUGGAUCAAUCCCGUCCAUUGAAGCCGCUCCUUUCGAACCAUGUGCUUCCUCGCACGCUGUUUUUCUCUUCGCGCAGGGCUCGACCAUCUUAUGUCUGCACCAUUACACCUUGGCGAUACAACGGCGGUUUGAAAAGCACUCGAGAGAUGUUCGAUGGAUAGAGGUCGACAACAUCAGCGUAUGCCACCCUGGAAGGGUAGUCUUGAGCUAUGAUGUAGGCCAAACAGCCAUAGUCUGGGAUUUGGAGACUGGCGAUCAAGUUUCUAGGUUUGUAUCGUAUGAGGCUUUCCAGGUCGCGCAGUGGAUGCGAAAUGGAAAGGUUGUGUUUGGUGAUACGAAAGGUCAUGUAAUACUAUUCGAGCCUGGGACAGGUGAUCACAUAGCGACCGCAACGAUAUAUGAACCUAUAACCGCUAUUGCUCCAUUCGACGACUGCAAGAGAUAUGCCAUUGGAUACAAGAAUGGUUUGAUCUUAUUGACAACACUACAACCGGCAUUCGCUGUCCUACAUUCUCUAGCAGCUUACCCCGAGCUAUCAACGGUUAUCUCCCUCACAUUCCAUAGGCCGAGCUCAGAAUCCGACAACUAUAUUCUAGCAGGCCAGACGGCUAAUGGAGAUCUGAGAGUUUGGGCGAUACCCAAACUAGUAAUAACGGACACACCUCGAGUUAUUCGCCUUGUACGGGGCUCUACUAGCAACACACCUAGCCGACAUUGGAUAUCUUGGUCUAGAAACGGCCGUAUCGUUCAAUUUUCCGAAGGCAGGAUUUGGGCUUGGGAUGUUCGAACUAAGGAAGUCACAUAUGAGGCUAUCCCGACCGUCGAGGGGAUUAGAGCUAUUGCUGCUUAUGGACCGACAUCGAGGCUUUUUACAUUGGGGCCGGACUUUACCGUGCAACAAUAUGACGUUGAAAGAGCACAAUUGGUAGCAAAUGUACGACACAUGCCAAUGGUGAUAUCUCCAAGAACGUUUGAGGAUACUACGCUCAAUUCAACAAAACAGCGAUGGCGAUUAUCGAGCGCUGCCGAUAUUUCUGAUUCGGGGCUUGGCUCACCGAAACUGCAUCCGCAACGACCCGGCACAACUGAAUUUUCCGAUUCAGGUUUUGGCUCACUCAGACCGUACGAUGGGCGUGAAGAGAGUUCCAAUACCUCCGGUGUCCAAGAGACUUCACGUAUUGCCAACGAACGGCCUGGACAGAUCAUGAGCGCGCCGCGAAUUCAUGCUGCGGAUCACGCAGAGCUUCACGAGAUUGAGUCUCAGAUCUCAAACACACAGGAUAUUGGAUCGCAUCUAGAGGUCUUGAACAUUCCUGAAAUAAUGGUCGCUGAAGAGCAUUUGACGAAACUGCUGAAGAUCAACGAGGAAAUAUUAAAGAUUCUCAACGGCGUUCCGGACAUUAUGGAAUCCUCUCGGCUACAGCGAAAUUUGAGUAGGCUUCUCAAGACAUUUUACAUUGACCUUUUCGCAGAAGCUACUUCAAACUUGAGAAAGUCUACGGCCAAUUUACUCCGGAGUCACAAUGCCAGACACAGGAUCUCUAAGAGCAUAGUUGGGAGGUUGAAACGCAGCGAAUGUGAUCCGUCGAGCGAAGAUGACUCGGAGCCGGCGCGACCCAUUCACAGGAAAUCACUAGCCGACGUGGAGGCGUGGAUAAGAAAUAAUAUGGCCUUUUCUGAGCCCAUUGCCUCUCUAGACGAUGGUACGACGAGCGAGAGCCCGAACAGCCCGGGAGACAACUAUUCCGAUAUCUCUGGAGGUGAUGAAAGCGGAAGCCAAGGCGAAUAUUCCCUACAUGAAUUGCCUCGUAUCUCUCAUAUGGAGGAAUUCGUGCUCAAGGGGCCUGCGUUCAAGAGACUCUUGGCCAACCUUCAGCUAUUUGUCAUUCCCUCACGAUACGCCCAGUUGAAACGAAUCUUGAUGACAAUACCCAAGGAACGGGUGAACUUCUCAUAUUACAUUCAUCAGGACUGGCUUAGCAAAUGCAAAUGCUCUUUGCAGCAGGUAUCUACACAUCCCUGGGACUGGUGGCCUCUAGACAGUCCGAAAACUAACCUGGACCAUGGUAUGGUAAGGGUCUCGUGGAUAUGUGUAAGUCGUAUUUGGUCUACUAUUGUCAAGAUUCUACAGCCUACUAACGUAUCCGUGUCAGCACUGUGGGAAGGAGCUAUCAGAAGACGUAUCCCCGAAAGUGGCCUUUCAGUUCCAAUGCUUGCUCCAACACCGGCUGCCCCCAUUGGAGACUAA